UCCAUAGUAUAGGAAACGACGGAAAGUUAACAUAUAGUAACAUGAAUAAACUAUUUAAAAUAUAAUAUCAAUAAUUAUCGCUAGUUUCAUAUAUGUAUAAGACAAUGCACGUGAAAUUAAAAAAGAUAAUAAAAGACUCCCUAGAAAAAGUUGACCAACGACCCACAUUGUGUAAUUUGUAAUGUAGUGUUAGUGAAAUAGACCCGUAGCAAAAUUGUAUGAAAUGGCUGUAUCUAUAUUGGAUAUUGAUCAUUUCGCCAUAAGUGCUAUCGUUACUGCAAUUAUGCAAAUUAUAUUUUUCGUGAUAAGUUACUUUCUCUGUCAAGAGAAAUUGACUGAUUUUGGCGGAGGCGUCAAUUUUAUUGUGAUUGCGGUACUCACAUUCUUUCUAGGACAAAUUGGUAGAAGCGUGAAGCCCUACGACAGGAGGCAGUUACUGGUGACGAUUUUCGUUUGCGUUUGGGGCGCCCGUCUGUCCGGAUACCUUCUUUAUAGAAUCGUGAAACUCGGACGUGAUAAACGCUUGGAGGAUAAUCGACGGAGCAUCAUUAAACACGCGACAUAUUGGACAUUUCAGGUAACGUGGGUCUUCAUUGUUUCAUUGCCCGUAAUCAUUGUAAACUCGCCAAGGCACUCCCAGCCUAGUGCACCGAAAACAAUGACGACGUUGGAUUUGGCCGGAACAGGAAUGUUUAUCGUGGGAUUAUUGGCAGAAACUUACGCCGACCUUCAGAAGCUUUCAUUCCGCCAGGAUCCAGCAAAUGAAGGAAAAUUUUGCAAUAAUGGACUCUGGCGAUUGUCCCGGCAUCCCAACUAUUUCGGUGAAAUCCUGCUUUGGUGGGGCAUAUUCGUAAUAUCGUUGAACGUUAUCGAGGGCGCCGAGUGGGUGGCAAUUUUAUCACCAAUAUUCACCACGUUUAUCAUAUUGUUCCUUUCGGGAAUUUCAUUACAAGAACGCUUGGCGGACGAGAGAUACAGAGACUUACUAGAGUAUCGAAAAUACAAAGCAUCAACAUCGCCUUUAAUCCCAAUACCUCCUUCGAUUUAUAUGGAGGUCCCGUCGGCAUUGAAAUUUAUCCUGUGCUGUGAAUUCCCUCUUUACGAUUCACUGGACAUUAAAAAUGAAGACAUCGGUCCCUAUUCGAUGUCAGUGGCAUCACAUUCGCAUCCGCACAUCUAGCAUUCAGUGUCACAUGGGUCGACAUCCAUUAGAGGAAUUGGAAAUGGGGGCGGGUCACAUUCUACAAAAAGCUCUAUUGAAAUGUCUAUGCAUAUUUUUGUCGAAAAUAGUAUUGUGGCUGAAAUUGAAGCAGAGCAAAGCCUGAAGUUAAAUGAUAUCCGACAGUCUAGGAGCACAUCUCUGUGAUUAAUUUUACUUGAUCCUGUGCUGAACUUGCCAACAGAGAAUGGUUAAUUUACAAGUUUGUAUAACAAUUCCAUUGUAAAUUAUCGACACAAGUGCCAGAGGAGUCAAUUCCAUUGUGUGGGUCGGAGGACCAACCAAAAUAGUAAUUAAUGUGACUUUGAAAAGGCCGCCGUUGAUUGUACAAGAGAUCCUAAAGCACCAAAAUUAAUUGCAUUAGAUUCAUUGGGUGGUAUUCGUAAAUAGUUUCGUGUAUUCAAUUAGAUUGCUUACGUACGAAAGCGAUUAUUUAGCAUUAGCAACUAUAUUUGUUUUAAUUUUUCGCUAAACAAAAUAUAUGUGCCUAUUUCGAUCCUAUUAAUUAGAGCUCCUGUAUGUAUUAUAGUUAAAAGAAUAUUACAUCUACCUUUCGAGAACCAUUGGCCCAAAAAAUAGAAUAUUAGCGUGAGGAAUCAAUGCCAACAAACGUUAAUAUAAAACUGCCAAAAGUAACAUUUAGGAAUUUAGUUCUGAUAGAAAUCUGAGGUAUCAACAGAAAAAUGGUUUAACGAAACAGAGGAACGUAAUUUAGUCUCGACUUACAGAUACAGGUACUAUCAUUUCGUGGUAUUCCGAAAAAGCUCACUGCAGCCAGGCGACAGAUGACCUGCAUCCGCCUUGUAUCAUUCUUUAAACAGGACUUGUGUAAAGAUUGGCCUCAAGCAUUAUCUAAUUUCAUUUUGAUCGCAAGAUACGAGGGCUGAUCGAAAAGUUUCAAGAUCUUUAUAUAAAUUCAUCUUCAAUAAUUAAAAAUUACAAAACUGUAUCCCCUUUAGAGAUAAGCGGAGUCCUUGUGAACUGUAAACAUGGCAACCUCCAGUUG